CCGAGAAAGCAGGCGCUUGUUUGACAAAUGUUUUCGUUCGAGCGCAAACGUCAUUUUCGGUCCUCGUAGUAUUUUUUCAGCACGCAAAUCGUUUAAAAUGAACCAACAAUCCGAUAAAGUGUGUCGUCGCAAGGAUAGUGUAACGAAUAGUAAAGUGAACGCGGUCUUUAGACAGCGAAGCCGAAGUGUGCUGGCCAGCGCCCACCCCGGUGGCGAUGUACAACCACGUGAUGUCGGCAAGGGCGAGGGGGCUUCCAAUUUGCAACUGUACGUGCCUAAACCGAUCAUAGUGAAGAACUAUUUGGUAGAGGACUUCAACGAUUACUACGGGGAAGGCGUGAAUUACCAAAGCACCGGUACGGUGAUCUCGCCGCACGGCGUGAUCACUUUGCGUCUGCGCGAUCGCAUCAGGGUCGACAUCUCGCCGGAGAAGGCGGUGCGGGUGGCGAACUCGAAGAACGGCAUCGUGUUGGCCUUGAGCGCGAGCGGGUCGUCGUCGGGCCUCAUUCACCCCAACGGCAGGGUGUACCAGUACGGGUCACGGGUCGAGAUCAUGGCCAACGACAACCACGGCAACCACAAGUUCGCGAAGAUGUGGUACAAAGGGGUGAGCUUCAGCAGUAUGCAGUGCGCCCUGGUGUACCUGGUGGACGCGGCCGGCACCAGAACCACCACCGACCUGUUUAACGACCUCUCCCAGCACGAUUUUACCCUCAACGUGUUCAACGAGGAAUCGCUGUACUUGAAAGAAAAUCCGUCGCCGACGACCAGUAGCAGGCUGGUAAACGAGGCGGUGCGCGUGUUACAGUCGACCAACUAUUGGUACACGGACGACGGUACCCAGAAUUGGAUCAUAAACAACGUCCGCAUAUCGCAGACCGUCGACGGACUUGUUCGCGUCGGUCGCAACAGCAACAAGUUCUCGCUGCGUACGUCGCCCACAAACGGAUCUGCGUCGAUCUCGUCGCCGUACAUGCACUGCACCGGCUCGUUGGGCGAAACGAAGCACCUGUUCGUGCGUCGCGGCGAGAGAAGGAUGCACUACGACGGUUCUACGUUUAUAGUGAGGAACGCGGGCCAUUCGGCCGGUUUCGACGAGAAGCACCAGCUGAAGGUGUACUGAAGAGGUCGCGCCCCCUCCACGCACUUUGCCGAAGCCCUUUUACGUGUAGCUUUUUCGUAUUUGUGACGGACAGGUGCUUAAAUCUUUGUUUCGUGUCAAUAUAAGUUGUUUUU